AUGGGUCACCUACACAUUACCAAGUUAGACCUCAUGGAUUUUGCCUUUAACAACCAAAGAAUGGAGGCUGCUAGGGGUCGCAGUAUCAGCUCCCCAGCCUGUGCUGUGGCCCUGACCGAUGGCCAAGAAAUGGAGUACAGGACUAAGAUCUGUCAGAAGAGUCCCUAUGAUUGUCUGUCUGAAGUCGGAGUCAUGAAUACUAACACAGGGGAGAAAAAUGUGAAAUUAAUAACAACUUUUAAUUUGAGAUCAAAACCUAAGUCAGAGCUGAUUAGGAAUAAUAAGAACUCCUUAGGGAUAAGGACAGAGGAGUUCAGGCAGUGUCGGAACAUGCUUCUCCAUGGCGAGUCUAAUGGGAUGUGUGCUGCUUAUGGUCCUGGAGUAUCUCCUGUAGUUAAAGAAUCUAACCAAUGUGGACAUUCUUUCACCAGGAAGACACACCUUACUGUCCAUCAGAGAAUACAAACAGGAGAGAAACCUUAUGAAUGUAACCUGUGUGGAAAGUCUUUCAGCCAGAAGGCACACCUUACUGUCCAUCAGACAACACACACAAGAGAGAAACCCUAUGAAUGUAACGUGUGUGGAAAGUCUUUCAUCCGGAAGGCAAACCUUACUUUUCAUCAGAAAAUUCACACAAGAAAAACACUUUAUGAAUGUAACAAAUGUGGAAAAUCUUUUCACUUGAAGGCAUAUCUUACUGUCCAUCAGCUAACACACACAGGAGAGAAACCUCAUGAAUGUAAUGUGUGUGGAAAGUCUUUCAGCCAGAAGUCACACCUUACUGUCCAUCUGACAACACACACAGGAGAGAAACCUUAUGAAUGUAACCUGUGUGGAAAGUCUUUCACUCAGAAGGCACAGCUUACUGUCCAUCAGCUAACACACACAGGAGAGAAACCUUAUGAAUGUAAUGUGUGUGGAAAGUCUUUCAGCCAGAAGGCACACCUUACUGUCCAUCAGACAACACACACAGGAGAGAAACCUUAUGAAUGUAAGCUUUGUGGAAAGUCUUUCAGCAAGAAGUCACACCUCACUGUCCAUCAGAGAACACACACAGGAGAGAAGCCUUAUGAAUGUAUCCAGUGUGGGAAGUCUUUCACCCAGAAGGCAAACCUUACUGCUCACGAGAGAACACACACAGGUGAGAAAUCUUAUGAAUGUAACCUGUGUGGAAAGUCUUUCAUGUGGAAGUCUAAACUUACAUAUCAUCACAGAAUACACAUAGGAGAGAAACCUUAUGAAUGUAAUGUGUGUGGAAAGUCUUUCAUCCAGAAGGCACACCUUACUGUCCAUCAGACAACACACACAGGAGAGAAACCUUAUGAAUGUAACGUGUGUGGAAAGUCUUUCACCCGGAAGGGAAACCUUACUUUUCAUCAGAAUAUUCACACAAGAAAGACACUUUAUGAAUGUAACAAGUGUGGAAAAUCUUUUCACGUGAAGGCAUAUCUUACUGUCCAUCAGAGAACACACACAGGAGAGAAACCUUAUGAAUGUAACAAAUGUGGGAAGUCUUUCACCCAGAAGACAACCCUUAAUGUCCAUCAGACAACACACACAGGAGAGAAACCUUAUGAAUGUAACCUGUGUGGAAAGUCUUUCGCUCAGAAGGCACAGCUUACUGUCCAUCAGCUAACACACACAGGAGAGAAACCUUAUGAAUGUAACAGCUGUGGAAAGUCUUUCAGCCAGAAGACAUACCUUACUGUCCAUCUGACAACACACACAGGAGAGAAACCUUAUGAAUGUAAUCUGUGUGGAAAGUCAUUCAGCCACAGGGGAAACCUUACUGUCCAUUGGAGAACACACACAGGAGAGAAGCCUUAUGAAUGCAACAAAUGUGGAAAGAACCGUCCACAGGAGGCCACAGCCUAGCAUAUAAGAAAAUUCACCCAAAUGAGAAGUCUCUAGAAUGU